AUGGUGGGGAUGAAGAAAGUUAGUGUGCACAUGAGGAAAGGUGCCAAGACGGGAGAGAGAAAGAAAGGUAAAGGAAGAUAUGAUGAAGUUGAUAACGAUGAAGAUCAUGUGUUGCCACAGCGUGCGUUUGCCCCGUUUCGUGCUCCAAUGACAACUUUCUCAUGUUUGAUGCAACACUUGGAACACAAAAAGGCUUCUUUUAGAGAGGAAGGAUUAGCGGCUUUUAUUAAAAUCUUUAACGAAGGAAAUCAAGACAGUAUUUUAGAAAAAUGCUUCGUUACUUACCUGUACCAAGUUUUGAAUUGCCUUAAAAAAGGUUUGACUAAAGAGAAACAAUUGGCUUCUCAAGCUCUUGGGUUAAUGGCAAUAACAGCUUUUGAAACUGAUAAUGCAGAAGAAAUAUACGUAUACACAAUUUCUUUAGUUACUGAACUAGUGCAAACUCCUAACAAGGCACUUAAAAACCAAGCCUAUGCUGCUAAUCUAUCAAAAUUGAUUUAUGCUUGGUUGUUCUUACUUACAAAAGUAGAUAGCUGGGAAAUUAUAUAUGGUCAUUGGCAAGGGGCAAUUUGUCAAUUCUUAUCUUUACUCAAAGAAGAUGCAACUUGCGUUGUUGCCGGUGAAGCAUUAGCUUUGAUAUUUGACUGCGAUAAAAUUGAUAAGUUUUUUGUUAAAACUGAAGAAUUAUUAUUAGAGUCUUACGAUGGAUUAAGAAAAUAUAUUAAAGACAUCAUUUUGAAGCAACUAGAGAGCACUUCAUUGGAAGCUAAAACUGCACUUCCUCUUAAACAAAUGUUCAACAAUGCUGCUAGAGCCUAUUGGGACGUCUUAAUGUAUAUUGUUGUUUGUUUUUCAUUUCUCUAA